AAUCACUAGUAACUCCAUUAAUUAUUGUGCCAUUUAUUUAUCUCUACUACCACAUUGAUAAUUCAAACAAUUUUUCAAGAGCUAGCUAGUACAAAUUAUGGAGAACAAAGAUGAAGAUGUAACAAUAGGAGCAAACAAGUAUAGAGAAAACCAACCAAUAGGAACUGCUGCACAAGCACAAGACAAUGAAGCAAAAGACUACAAAGAAGCACCUUCAGCACCAUUAUUUGAGCAUGGAGAGUUGUCAUCAUGGUCUUUUUAUAGGGCAGGGAUAGCUGAAUUUGUGGCUACAUUUUUGUUUCUUUAUAUAACGGUUUUAACUGUUAUAGGUGUGAAUAAAUCUAAUAAUAAGUGCUCCUCUGUUGGUGUUCAAGGGAUUGCUUGGGCUUUUGGUGGAAUGAUUUUUGCUCUUGUUUAUUGUACUGCUGGUAUCUCAGGUGGUCACAUUAACCCAGCAGUGACAUUUGGACUUUUCUUGGCACGCAAGCUAUCUCUAACUAGGACAUUAUUCUACAUAAUUAUGCAAUGUUUGGGAGCUAUUUGUGGUGCUGCUGUUGUUAAGGGUUUCCAACCACACCAAUAUGAGAGACUUGGAGGUGGUGCCAACACUCUAAGUAAAGGUUACUCCAUAGGUGAUGGACUUGGAGCAGAGAUUGUUGGUACAUUUGUUCUUGUUUACACUGUCUUCUCUGCUACUGAUGCCAAGAGAAAUGCAAGAGACUCUCAUGUUCCUAUUUUGGCACCAUUGCCAAUUGGAUUUGCAGUGUUUUUGGUACAUUUGGCUACAAUUCCAAUUACAGGGACUGGUAUUAACCCAGCAAGAAGUCUAGGUGCUGCCCUUAUAUACAAUAAGGAUCAAGCUUGGGACGAUCAUUGGAUUUUUUGGGUUGGGCCUUUCGUUGGGGCAGCACUUGCAGCUCUGUACCAUCAAAUAGUGAUCAGGGCCAUCCCCUUCAAAUCAAAGUGAGGCAACAUUGAAGUUGAACCUGAAAAAUAAUAACCAGUUGAAUCCGACCGAUAUAGGAUUCCCAUGUUACGUUAAAUACUAUGUUAAUACGAUGAAUUUCUCCAUACUAUGUUAAUCCCAUUAUCAAUGUUAUUGAUUAAUAUAUAAUUUAGGUGUAUACAUCUUAUUUGGAUAUGUGUUGGUAUUGAUACACCGUUGGGUGACUAAUUUUAAUAAAUUUACAAAUAGUAUUCAAGAUAGAAAAA